AUGACCGAGCCCCAUCCUCUCCCGCAGGCCCGCACCGAGAACCGGUGCCGGGAGAGAACGGCCACAGGAGGCUGGCGAGAUCCCGCCUGGAAGCGGCUGGACGGGAGGGAGCGGGAGGGGCGCUCCCCGGUUGGACCGGGACCGCCGGUCUUCCGUGGAAACGGAGCUUUUGGGCGGGGGUGCCUGGAGCCUGGAGGCGUGGAGAGUUCCUACCGAAGCCCGAGAGGCCCCCGGGCGCGGGAGGACGUGGGUUUGCGGCGGGAAGGCGGCUCCGCGCUGCGCUGCGCGGUCCCGUUACCGGCAGCGUGCUUCUCGCCGCCGCCCCGAGCACGAGGCCGCAGGGCCACCGGGCCCGACCGGGACCCGCCGUGCCAGAACCGCGACGGGGGAGGAGGAGCGGAGUCCGGGAUCUCCAGGCCCUCUGCCGCAUCCUGCCCGCGCCCGCCGCGCCGGGGACCCACCCACCGGAAGGCGGCCCUGCCCUCCCGGCCCCCCCGCCCCGGCGGCGCGUGUGUCCGCCACCCCCCCCGAACCCCCCCCGCCCCCGCACCUCUCCCGCGGGCCCGGCGCGCGCUCUCCUCCCGGCUCCCGACGCGCUCCCACCGGAACUUCCGGCCGCCGGGACGCGGCCGGGGCAGCGCGGCGGAAGUGACGCAGCGCCCGGCCCCGCCGGCGGCCGCCAUCUUUGCAGCGGGCCCCCAACCACGGCACAGCCGGCAGCGCUCAGCGCUGUCCUGGGCUCACCGAGGACAGGCUGCGGCCCUCCCCGCGCCCCCGCCCCGCUCCUCCCCGCCGCUGAACGGCCGCAGCCAGCCUGCGCCCGCAGCCCUGACCGCAGCCCAGCCGCCCCCCGCGGCUCCCUCCGCCACGCGCAGGCUGCGACCCUCCCUCAGGGACGGCGGCGCGGUGAGCAGGCCGCAGCCGCAGCUCCGCACCUCAGCGUUGGCUUUAUUGGCAGUCAGAGAAGGGAAGGAGCAAAGGCCGCGGCCGGGCGCCGCCGGCAGCCCCGCGCUGCCCUCGCAGCGGCAGCUGCUGCCGCCUCCCGUGGCACCCAACACGCCGCUGCCCGCAGCGGCCACCUUCCUACGGGCACGGCGCGGGUGGCGCUCUGCUUUGCAAGGCAAAGACCGCCACGUCCCAGCUGAUUGA